AUGCAAAUCUCAAGCUUAAUCCCGUCCUAUAUUUCUGAUAUUCAAUCUUCUGAUGUUUCUCCAUUGUUUCAUCAUUACCAAGAUGAUUUACAAGCUAAUGAUACGAACAUACACAAGGCGGAAUUUGACACAUGGAGAUUUUCUAUUCUUCGGUUGAAAGAAAAUGAACGACCAAAUAAAAUAAUCGAAACAUUAGAAUUUAUACAAUCUAUUAAGUUUUUUUAUCCGAAUAUCUAUAUUUUAUUACAAAUUUAUGCACUUAUUCCAGUCUCGGUGGCUAGUGCAGAACGAUCAUUUUCAGUCCUGAAAUUGAUCAAAACAAAGCUACGCAAUCGAACUGAUGAUGAACGGCUCAGUAAUUUGGCAGUUAUAAAUAUUCAUAAAGGCAUUGCUCAAGAAUUAAAUAUAGAAAAUGUGAUUGACGAAUAUGCCAAAUCAAAACGCAAAUUAAAUUUCAGNUUUUAUGCGAAUAUCUAUAUUUUAUUACAAAUUUAUGCACUUAUUCCAGUCUCGGUGGCUAGUGCAGAACGAUCAUUUUCAGUCCUGAAAUUGAUCAAAACAAAGCUACGCAAUCGAACAGAUGAUGAACGGCUCAGUAAUUUGGCAGUUAUAAAUAUUCAUAAAGGCAUUGCUCAAGAAUUAAAUAUAGAAAAUGUGAUUGACGAAUAUGCCAAAUCAAAACGCAAAUUAAAUUUCAGCAAUCAAGAUAAAUAA